UCGGUCAUAACGUGAGUUUUGAUCGCUCGUACAUUAAAGAACAAUACCAUAUGAUUGGAGAUAAAACCAGAUUUUUAGACACUUUAAGUCUUCAUAUGUGUGUCUCAGGACUCACUCAACAUCAAAGAGCUCUUUCAUAUUCCUCAAAGAUAUCAAGUAUUGACAACACUUCCAAUGGUUCUCAUAUGUGGAGUGGAAUCGGAUCUCUAAAUAAUUUAGUCGAUGUUUACCAUCUUUAUUGUGAUGACAAGACUAUAUCAAAAGAUCCCCGAAAUAUCUUUAUUAAGGGAUCAAUUAGUGAUGUUUUAGACAAUUUCCAAGAGUUGAUGAAUUAUUGCGCAAAUGAUGUUGAAAUUACUCAUAAGAUUUUCAAAUCAAUUUAUCCUUUAUUUGUGGAGAGAUUUCCACAUCCAAUCACUUUUGCGGGAAUGUUGGAGAUGUCUGUCAUGUAUUUACCCGUCAAUCCAUACAAUUGGAACCGUUAUGUCUCUGAAUGCGAGGCCAUAUAUAAUGAUCAGGAAAGGGAACUCAAUCUGUCUUUGCGUGAAAUAGCGAACGAUAGCUGUUCUCUCGCCACUCAUCGACAAUACACUCAUGACGUCUGGCUUUGGGAUUUAGACUGGAGUACAGAUGUUAUCAGAUUUAAAAAGCCUAAAACCGAGUCAAUCAACAAAAAAGUGACGAAGAAUAGUGUGUCCGAAGAAGUAUCAAAUGUUUCAUUAUUUGAUUCUAAACUCAACGAUAUAGUAAUGAGUGAAAGUGUGGCUACAAUUAUGGCCACGAGUUCACUGCUGAAGAAAGUGCAACCAUUAUUACCAGGAUAUCCAAAAUGGUAUCUCGAGUUCUGCUCUAAAUUCAAGUAUGAUUUCAGCGACGAUAGCGUUGCCACCGCUGAUGACUUAGAGUGGGAAUCAGGACCUUAUCGUAUAAGCAGUCAAAUGCGUUCAGUUCCUAAACUUAUGCGUCUUCUGUGGAACGGAUAUCCACUUCAUUUCGACGAGAAGUACGGCUGGGGUUAUAUCACACCCGAUCCCAGAGCACAGGGAUGUGCCGAUCGUGUAGAAGGAGGUAUCGAUGAUAAUAAGAAUGUUAUUUAUUUUCCUAUGAAAGAGUUUAGAGAACUUUUACAAAGACGAGAAAUGCCGCCAAAAAUAGUCAAUUUGGAUGAUAUUUAUGAAACGUUUGCUGAAUUAGAAACAGAUAUCGAAAUGAAAAACGAAAACAUGACGAAAGCCUACGAAAACGUGAUUACAGGCUGUCUUUUCUAUAAGUUGCCCCAUAAGGGAGGGCCCGACAAAAGAGUCGGCAAUCCGUUAUCAAAAGAUUUUCUGAAGAAAGUAGAGGACGGGUCGUUAACUUCAUUGGACAGUCAGAUAACUAACUCAGUGCUCAAUCAAAGUAAAAGAAUAUCGUAUUGGAAAAAUGCAUCGAAAAGGAUUUGCUCGCAAAUCGUUUUAUCUAACGAUAAUGGAAAUAGUGGUGCAAUUCUGCCGCGAGUUAUAGUGGCCGGAACUGUGACCAGACGUGCUGUAGAGCCGACGUGGUUAACGGCGAGUAAUGUUGUCACUGACAGACUCGGCAGUGAACUCAAGUCUAUGAUUCAAUGUCCCGAAGGCUAUCAUUUUGUUGGCGCGGAUGUCGACUCUCAAGAGUUAUGGAUCGCUUCAUUAAUAGGAGAUUCGCAUUACUCUGGAAUACAUGGUUCGACAGGCAUUGGAUGGAUGACACUCCAGGGCAAUAAAGCCGACGGCACUGAUAUGCACAGCAAAACUGCCGCUUCUAUUAAUAUAAGUAGAGAUGAGGCGAAAGUAUUGAAUUACGCGCGGAUUUACGGUUCCGGUCAACCGUUUGCCUCACGAUUUCUGAUGCAAUCGAAUCCAUUACUCGAUGCAAAGGAAGCCAAAGAAAAAGCUAAAAAGAUUUUUACCGAAACCAAAGGCAGACGAAAGAAAUUGUUUAAAAAGGAUUUCAACGAAUCGAAAGACAAUAAUGUGAAUGAAAAGAGACAGUGGUUUGGAGGCACUGAAUCUCAUAUGUUUAACAAACUGGAAGAGAUCGCAGAAUCACCAGAACCGAGAACACCAGUCCUCGGCUGUCGUAUUAGUAGAGCUUUGGAGCCACAAGUGGUCAAAGAUUAUUAUAUGACAUCGAGAGUCAAUUGGAUCGUUCAGUCCUCUGGCGUUGACUUUUUGCAUAUAAUGUUAGUCACAAUGAAGUGGUUAAUGAGUGAAAUGCAAAUCUCCGGUCGAUUCUCUAUUUCGAUUCACGACGAACUCCGAUAUUUGGUCGCCAGUGAACACCGAUAUAAGGCUGCGUUAGCCCUACAACUGUCCAAUUUGUUAACCCGAUGUCUGUUUGCGCACAAAAUGGGUUUCAAUGAUCUGCCCCUUUCGGUCGCAUUCUUCUCCAGUGUAGACAUCGAUAAGUGUCUCCGAAAAGAAGUGAACAUCGACUCGAAAACUCUGUCCAAUCCUCUCGGCCUUAACAUAGGAUACGGAAUCCCUUUCGGAGAAUCUCUCGAUAUAAUUGCCUUAAUGAACAAAAUUGAUGUUUGAAUGCAUAUUAAAGUGUUAUUAUUGUUAUAUCGAUAAUAAAAUGAUUAAAUUCUGUUUAAACA